UUGAGAUGAGUUUGGUACUUCGAAAUCUGCAGCGCGUUGUCCCCAUCAGGAGAGUCCCCCUGCGCAAGAAGAUUGAGAUCGUGAGGAGCAUCUUAGGCGUGCAGAAGUUUGACCUGGGCGUCAUCUGUGUUGACAACAAGAAUAUUCAGCACAUUAAUAGAAUCUACAGAGAGAAAAAUGUCCCCACCGAUGUGCUUGCUUUUCCGUUUCAUGAGAAUCUGAAAGCAGGUGAAAUUCCCCAGCCUGACCUUCCAGAUGACUAUAACCUGGGAGACGUCUUCCUCGGAGUGGAGUAUAUCUUCCAGCAGCGUAAAGAAAAUGAAGACUACUAUGACGUCCUGACUGUAAGUGGGACGCUGACGUGGCCUGUCCUGAUGUUCCAGAAGGAGAAGCAGGUCCUGGAGGAGCUGAGCCGGCACACGGGGACCAGGUUGCAGCCCCUCAGCAGGGGCCUCUUCUGACAGCAGCUGUGCAGGGCGGGCGGCCAGGGCCCAGGGGCUCCAGCAGGAGCAGCCAGGUGGAGGUGGGCCCCUCCCCCUCAGGCCUACCAGGGGACUUGCCAGGCUUCUGCUCUCCUCUGGGACCAUGUAGGCACUGGCCCAAAUUGGGGCUAAAUUUGAUGAGUGGAACCUGACUAUUAACGUAUACGACGUUUAUUUGGUGUCAUUGCCAUACAAUUCUUCUUAAACCUGUUAGAACUGAGACAUUGUCUUAGUCAUCCAGUGCUGCUCUAACAGAAAUACCAC